AUGGUAUCCGACCUUUCCUCAUGGCAUGGCAGUCUAUGGGAAGCGGCGGUGAAGAGCCUAAAAUUCCACUUACGAAGAGUCAUCGGAGCACAAAAGCUUACAUUUGAGGAGCUAUCAACAUUGUUAUCACAGCUGGAAUCGUGCCUGAACUCAAGGCCACCGUGUGCCCUGAGCGAAGAUACCGAGGACAUCAACUUCCUCACUCAAUUAAAUUUUAUAGCGAGUGGCCCCACCCUCACCAUCAUCAAAACUGAAAGGGACGAGCGCACUCACGUCAGCAAUACACGCGCUCGAGACGCCGGCGCGGGCUUAUCAACGGUGUCGGAUAUCUAG